CUAGCGCGCAGUCGUGCUGCGACGCUCGACAAGAAUCCGACGCUAUUAUUCCGGCGGGAAGGAGAGAACAGGCGGCGGCGUUUUCCGAUGACCAGACCAUAGAGUAGCAACACCUAUGGACGCCGUGACGUUGCUGCUGCCGCUGCUGCUGGCGGCUCUGGGGACGUCCGCCGCCCCCGCCACCCCCGCCGCCACGGCCGCGCCGGCCAAGGGCAAGUGCGAGUGCGCGCAGGCGGCCGACUCGCCGCAGGUGGUGGGCAACCCGGGCACACCCGUCAUGGCCACCGUCGAGAAGACCCUGCAGCGCCAGUGCGACCUGGUGGACCCCACCGCCUGCCUCGACACCAGCGGUGACGACCUGAACGGGGAGACGGACUUCGUGGUGGUGGGAGCAGGCACGGCGGGCAGCGUGCUGGCGUGCCGCCUCUCGGAGAACGGCCAACACCGCGUCACGCUGCUGGAGGCGGGACCUCCCGCCCCCGCCGCCGCCGCCGCCCCCAGCCUCUACCACGCCUACGAGGGCACCGUACUCGACUGGAACUACCAGCUCGAGAAGGACCCCAACUUCUGCCUCGCCAGCACCUGCUACUGGCCGCGAGGGCGCAUGGUGGGCGGCACUGGGAUGCUGCACGGCAUGAUGUACAUGCGCGGCAACCCCUGGGACUACGACCACUGGGCCGCCUCGGGCUGCCGCGGCUGGUCCUGGGCCGACGUGCUGCCCUACUUCCUGCGCUCCGAGGACAACCUUGACGUCAAGAGGGGCAGCCCCUUCGUCGACCCGUCGCUGCACGGCACGGACGGCCCGAUGACGGUGGAGCGCUUCAAGUGGCUGCCGCAGCUGGUGGGCAACAUGCUGCAAGCCGCGUCGCAGCUGGGCCAGCGCGUCGGCCACGACCCCAACGGCGCCUCCGGCCAGCUGGGCUUCACGCCCGCGCAGGCCACCACCGUGCGGGGAGCCAGGUCCAGCCUGCUGCGGCAGUUCUGCGGCGGCUCUGCGCGACGCCCCAACCUCAGCAUCAUCACCAGGGCGCAGGUAACACGCGUGCUGGUGGACGCGCAGUCGAAGAGGGCCACAGGCGUCGAGUACGUGCGGAAGGGCAAGACGCGGCAACUCACCGCCGCCAAGGAGGUCAUCCUCAGCGCCGGAACUGUCGCAUCGCCGCAGAUCCUUCUCCUGUCCGGCAUCGGGCCCAAGGAGCAUCUUCAGAAAGUCGGAAUAUCUGUGACCCAUCACUUGCCUGGUGUGGGUAGACGUCUCCAGAAUCAUGUUUCAUACAAGAUGAGGGUCAAGCUAGCCAACUGGAAGCAGCAAGCACUGCUGAACAACGGGACGCUUCACGAGUACGUCAAGAAGAGACUGGGACCAAUAACCUCUACAGGAAUGUCACAGCUGACUGGCUUCAUCCGAACCAAGUACGCGCCGCUGGCGCCUGCGGAUAUACCAGACGUGCAGGUGUUCUUCGCGGGCGAGCAGGCCAACGGCUCCUCGGCGAUGACCAGCUCCUCGCCUCCAGCCUACAUAGACAUCACGCCCACUCUGCUACGGCCGCAGAGUCGUGGCUACAUAGAGCUACGAAGCAAGGACCCGCUCCAGCCACCACGCAUAUACGCCCAGUACUUGAGAGAUGUCUUCGAUGUCAAGGUCCUGGUUGAGGGCAUCAAAUUUGUGGUGGAAUUUGUCAGAACACCAGCCAUGAGAGAACUGGGUGCCAGUCUUACGCCUGAGCUGUGGCAGGGAUGUGAAAAAUACGGGGAAGGAUCAGAGGACUUUUGGGCUUGUGCUGUGAGGCGUUACACAGGCCCUGAGAACCAUCAAGUGGGGACAUGCAUAAUGGGUGACCCUUAUGAUCCCAACACUGUCGUUGAUCCCCGACUCAGGGUAGUGGGAAUAAAUGGUUUGCGCGUCGUGGAUGCCUCUGUAAUCCCACAUGUUCCCUCGGGCAACCUCAACGCACCUACUGUCAUGGUUGCUGAGAAAGGGGCGCAAAUGAUUAUAGACGACUGGCAAUGAGAUUACACCUUCAUGGAUAUAAAUGUAACUCCAGCGAAAUGAUGCAGCUCCAUAUUUGAACCAGAAGCAUAUAUUAGUCAAUAUUAUUAAUCUAUUUAUGAGGUUUGUCUGUGUAAAUGUCUGUGGGUGUAAGCGUGUGUGUGUGUGUUUGUGUGUGUGUGUGUGUGUGGUAGAGUUUUCACACUUACUGGUAGCUGUGAAGUCUUCUUGUAUUUAUUCAAAUAUUUUCAGAAUUGAGGGAGUUCACUUAUGUGGCAAUCUGAUGACGAUACAGGUGCGACAAAUUUAAAUCAAGAGAAUAUUUUAAAGUAUCUAUGUUCACCGUUAAGUGUGAACAACUACUCAACCGACAGGAUAAACAUUAAAUAACUCCCUCUUUGCAAUUGGAGCGUGCAGUAGAAUAAAAUAUGAUUGUAGCCAUGAUUUAUAAAAUGAUGUAUUCAUGGGCAUUAUGAACGUGGCAGUUCAUUGACAAACAGUGAUUGCUAACAAAUCCACAAUGGAUGUGUGCUAGUUCUCUGUCAGUUUCUUUACCGCAGUUUCAGGGUCUCUGCUUUUCCUUUGGCAAUAACUUUUACUUCGGGCACUGCGCACAAAUCACUUUUUUGUAUUGUUAAAUACUUCAGAACAUUUCUCAUUUAGCCGCAUUCUCUUUUUCUCUUCCUGCGUUUUGCGUUUUCCUUUUAAUUUUAUAUCUUGGAAAAGUAAUAAAGUUCAGAAAAGAUGUGACAGUUAUGUCUGUCACAUCUCACUAUUCUCUGAUCAAAAUUCGUACUUUAGUAAACAUGGGUUUUACACAUAAACCACACCAGAGUAAAAUGAUUACUGUGGUUGCCACAUAAAUGGACAGUCAAAGUUUUCAUUUAUCAAAGUUUCUUCGCCAGAUUCAUUCAAUCAAACUGAAAGAAGAAGAAUAAUACCUUCGAUGUGUAAUUCGUCAUGUCAUGGGCACACCUACAGUGUUCAGGCUGUGAAUCUAUUUUUAACUCCUGUACAUUUUCUGAAAUUCUGCAUUACAGGUGAAGUGAGAUUUACAAAGUAGUAGAUUGACACUACGCAAUCCUAGAUCUUCUGUGCCAGUAUGUUGUCUGCUGGCCACUCAUAUCACUGGUGUCGUUUUAGCAUGUAGCCUUAAUAUGAUGAUGCCCUACUUUUGCCAAGUUAGUGAUUGCCAUAUUACUGUGAUCUCAGGUGUCUUUUGAAGACAGUAAUAAAUCAUGAAACCUAUUUUAUAAUUGGCCGACAGAAAUAAAACAAAGAACCGGAGUAGAUUCAGAAUACAUAUUCAAAAUAUGAAUGAGUACAACUGAUUAGUAAUUAUAAUUAUGAAAUUAUGUGUUAAUGGUCUGUCUGUAGAUAACAAUCUCAAUUACACAAUCAAAUUUAAGAUGAUGUGACCAGCUUCAUCAGUUGCAAGAAGUUACUGCACCGGAGUUACAGAUAUAUUUAUUUAAUCACCAGUCAUGUUAAUUGACUUCCUCUACUGUGUAACCAAAGAUAUAAAUGAUAAUUAUAAUUAAAUUAUGUUUCAAAUUA